AUGGCCAUAAAAAGUAUAUGCUACUUGGGAAAAGAGGAUGAAAUUUUAUUUUUCUAUUCAACGGAAGAAAGUGAUGAAAUAAGUUCCCGAUUUUCUAUAUUUGCUGCUUUGAACAAUGUAAACAAAUUAGUCGAAUCCAGUGAAAAGAAACAGGACCCUUACCUCGGAUAUGUUGGCGUGAAUCUCUCCCUUUUCAGCGCAAACAAAAAUUAUGCAUAUGUAAUUAAAUUAAUAAACUUGAAAAUUAUUCUCACCAUUGACGACAGCAGAAAUAAAUAUACGGAUGAUAUCAUUAGAUCUAUUUUCAUAAAGCUACACAAAAUAUAUGCGGAUGCUGUUUGUAACCCAUUUUACACAGAUCGUUUAGAAAAGGAUUCAUUGGAAAAAAAAAUUAAAAAGUUAAUAGAGACAUCAUGA